UAUCCGGAAGUGUUUGGCAUUCUCCCGCGAAGGCGUUUUUUUGUGUGCGUAUUUUUCAAAUGGAUUAAAGCGCAAACUAAUGCAGGAGGCCAUGGAAUCAGAGAGGACUGAGGGCCCGCUGUUAAGCCAAGCAGAGAGUUUCAACUCCAUCCGGGAGCGCACCAUCGCAGAGAACAGCAUGGUGGUGCUGCUGCAGGGCCUGCGGGGGGAGGUGACCACGGUGGACCUGAGGAACGAGAGCACGGCACGGGGUCGGGUGGUCAACGUGGACGCCUUCAUGAACGUACGCCUGGAGGAGGUCCUUUACCGUGACCGCAAGGGGCGCCUCACUCGGCUGCAGGACCUCUUCGUCACUGGCAGAAAUAUCCGCUACGUUCACAUCCCCGACCACAUGGACAUCAUGAAGACCAUACACGGUCAACUGGCGACGAUCCGCCGUGUCCGCAACUUCGGCAAAGAGGGAGGAGGCAGAAAGGAGUUUGCCAAAAAAACAAACUGAUUCAACUCUUUCCCAACAACAUGGAGAUAUGAAACAAUUAUUCUAUUUUUAAACAUGUGAGCAAGUAUAUCACGUAUUGAUUUCAGAGUGAAGUCACUGAUGGUGUAGUGGUACACUCGCCUGGCUUUGGUGCAGGCAGCGUGGGUUCAGUUCCCACUCAGUGACGGUGCGAAUGUGAGUGUGAAUGGUCGUCCGUGUCUAUAUGUGCCCUGCGACUGACUGGCGACCAGUUCAGGCCGGAGUCUGCCUUUCGCCCGAAGUUAGCUGGGAUAGGCUCCCCUGCCCCGUGACCCUAACCAGGAUAAGCGGUGUUGAAAAUGGAUGGACUGGAUGCGUUUCAGAGUUGUACUAGUUUAUUUCUUGUUUAGCCUUUGUUAAAAUGUUGAGAAUAAAGCCUUACU